AUGGCGGCACACGUUUCACGAGAUUACUCGCCCUCGAGUGCAGAGAAAUCUAGUUAUCCCAUCGAGCACGAACGAGCAGGCAUUCAAGAUGUCGGUGAAGAUAAUGAUCCAAAUCACAAUCUUCAUCGUGGUCUGAAGUCUCGACAAAUUACUAUGAUAGCAAUCGGUGGUGCUAUUGGAACUGGAUUAAUUAUCGGAACGGGAAAAGCCCUUGCUCAGGCAGGUCCAGCGCCACUCUUGAUAGGCUAUUCGACUGUUGGAAUAUUAUGCUUCUUGGUCAUGGCAGCUCUCGGUGAGAUGGCUGCUUGGUUGCCUUUGGCAAGUGGAUUUACCGGUUACGCUACCAGAUUUGUUGAUCCCGCCCUAGGAUUCUGUUUAGGAUGGAACUACUGGUUCAAAUAUAUCAUCGUCACUCCUAACAACCUCACAGCUGCAUCUUUAGUUAUACAAUAUUGGCUACCAAGAGACAAAGUCAAUCCCGGUGUCUUCAUUGCUAUAUUCUUGGUUGCCAUCGUCUGUAUCAACUAUUUUGGUGUGAAAUUCUUUGGAGAAUUCGAAUUCUGGUUGUCAAGUAUCAAAGUUAUUGUGAUCCUAGGUCUCAUCAUCUUGAGUUUAGUCCUUGUGUGUGGAGGGGGACCGGAUCAUCAGGCAACUGGAUUCAAAUACUGGAGCGAUCCUGGAGCGUUCCACGAAUACAUUUUGACUGGAAACUCUGGUCGAUUUCUCGCUGUCUGGUCUACUUUCACAACUGCUGUUUUCGCCUUUUUAGGUACAGAACUCGUUGGUGUAACAGUAGGAGAAGCUGCCAAUCCACGCAAAGUGAUACCAAAAGCUAUCAAGCUCACUUUCUACCGAAUUCUCCUCUUCUACGUCGUGCUCGUCUUCUUCCUCGGCAUGCUCGUCCCAUACAAUUCCAAACUCCUUCUCGACAGUAACACGAAGAGCAACAGUGCCUCUGCAUCGCCAUUCGUAGUUGCCAUUAAGAUCAGCGGCAUCCAAUUCCUCCCCGCCAUCUUCAACGCCUGUAUCCUCAUCUUCGUCUUCUCAGCGGCAAAUUCCGAUCUCUACAUUGCCUCCCGCACACUAUUCGGUCUUGCCUCCGAGGGAAAAGCUUUCAAAAUCUUCAAACGAACCGAUAGACGUGGAGUUCCCAUUUAUGCUCUUGGACUUAGUACUGCCUUCUGUCUCCUCGCAUUUUUGGGUGUUAAUACAGCUUCCUACACCGUCUUUGGCUACUUUGUCAAUCUCGUCACUAUGUUCGGUCUCCUCACCUGGAUCUCUAUCCUCAUCUCUCACAUCUACUUCGUACGCGCUCGCCGUGCACAAGGAAUUCAAAACACCGAAUUAGCAUACGUAGCACCUCUCGGUAUCUAUGGCUCCUACGGUGCUCUUGUCUUCUGUAUCCUUAUUGCCUUCUUCAAGGGAUUCGCACUAUUCUGCUACAAAAAGACCGCCAAAGCGGGCACCACACCCGUCUUUGAUCACUCAACUUUCAUUACUACAUAUUUGGCUAUUCCAUUGUACAUUAUCAUGUUCUUUGGAUACAAAUACUCAAUGAAGACGAAGGUCUUGAGGCCUGAGGAAGCGGAUCUCUUCAGUGGAAAAGCGAGAAUCGAUGCGCAGGAACAAGAAUACUUGGCGCAGGAGGCAGCUAGACGGGGUAGUAAUGAAGAGACCAAGUGGGAGCGGAUCUAUAGGUUGACGCUUGGCUGGGCCUUUUAG